AAUUUUAGGUUAUAAUCGUGUUUUUAAACUUUUAACCUUAGAAAAAUCCGAAAAAUACAAUCUAAUGAAUUACAAUUAAUAUUUCAAACUACAAAUUUUAAAAUGCCUCUUCAGUGCAAAACGGGGUGUGGAAAAAAUGCGAUGCUGAAGCGCCCAAAAACUGGAGACGCAUUGUGUAAAGACUGCUUCUUUGCGGCAUUCGAAACCGAAAUACAUUACACUAUAAUAAAAGCUAAGCUGUUCAACCGUGGCGAUUCUGUAGCAAUCGGUGCUUCAGGUGGUAAAGAUUCCACAGUUCUCGCAUACGUUUUAAAGACUCUGAAUCAGAGAUACAACUAUGGUCUCAAUUUAAUGCUUCUUUCGAUCGACGAAGGCAUCACAGGCUAUAGAGACGACAGCUUGGAAACAGUGAAACAGAACAGAGAUGAUUAUGAAAUGCCUUUGAAAAUUUUAUCCUACAAAGACUUAUAUGGUUGGACCAUGGAUGAAAUAGUAGCUCAAAUAGGUAGAAAGAAUAACUGUACUUUUUGUGGUGUGUUUCGAAGGCAGGCUCUAGACAGAGGAGCUGCGAUGCUCAAUGUGAAAUGUAUAGCGACAGGUCAUAAUGCUGAUGAUAUUGCUGAAACCGUCCUAAUGAAUAUUCUGAGAGGGGAUAUUGCAAGGCUAAAAAGAUGUACAGCUAUUUCUACAGGCAGUGAAGGCACAAUACCAAGAGUGAAACCAUUAAAAUAUACGUAUGAGAAGGAAAUAGUAAUGUAUGCACAUUACAAGAAGCUGGUAUAUUUCUCUACUGAAUGUGUCUUUGCUCCAAAUGCAUACAGAGGACAUGCACGAGCCCUGCUAAAAGAUAUGGAGAAAGUUAGACCAACUUGUAUUAUGGAUAUUAUUUAUUCAGGAGAAACAUUGUCAGUAAAAGAGGAAGUAACACUCCCAACUCAGAGGGUCUGCAUGAGAUGUAAUUUUGUUUCAUCACAAGAAGUGUGUAAGGCAUGUGUGCUUCUGGAAGGGUUAAACAAAGGUUUACCAAAACUCGGUAUAGGGAAAAGUUCAAAGGCCAAAAGGAUGUUAGAAGAAUAUAACAACAGACAAAGAAAUCACCAGGAAGAGGUUGACAAAAUCAAUAAUGAAUCUAAACAAAAUAAUUGCAUAUCUAAAGGAAAAAUGUGCAGGUCUGGUUGCAAAUCGGACAAAGAUAAUAUUGACACUAUGAAGAGCUUGCAUUUGUGUGAGGAUGGCAAAGAGAGUACAACCACUCAGAUACAAGGUACACCAUGUAACUCAAAAAUAAAUAAAUUGAUUAAAGAAUAUGGAAUUGAUAGUCCAAUAAGUAAUGCUUCGGAUACUGGACAAGAGAUAAUAAUAGAUGAAAGCUUAGGUAAUGAUCAUGAUGAUGCAUUUGAUAUUCCUCAAGAAGAAAUUGUAAAUAGUGAAGAAGUGACUUGUGCUGGUGCUUGUGGUGAGGGUGCAUCAAAUAUUGGCUUUUGAGAAAACAACAAUAAUAAUAUAAUAUUUUUUAUAUGUACCAUCGAGGAAGUUG